UCCACGUUUCAGGAAACCCAGUUUCUGCUUGAAUUGACGAGAAAUCUUAGAAUUUAGGGAAAACCCAUUUCAGGUUUUCAAUUUGCUUUACUAGAAUUUUUGAAGGAAGUCAUGGCUCUUCCCAUCAGCAGUUCAAGUUUCUCUCUGAUUCAUCAGAGAAGAGUUCUGAGAAUAAGAGCAGUUGCAUCUGAGGAAUUUGCUACUUUGAAAGCAGAAGAAGAUAAGGUAAAGUUGGGUGGUUCUGAUUUGAAGGUCACAAAGCUGGGAAUUGGAGCUUGGUCUUGGGGUGACACAAGCUACUGGAAUAACUUUGAAUGGGACGAUAGGAAGCUGAAGGCGGCUAAUGGGGCCUUCAAAGCCAGUAUCGAUUCUGGUAUAAGUCUCUUCGAUACUGCUGAGGUUUAUGGCUCAAGGUUGUCUAUGGGUGCAGUUAAUUCAGAAACAUUACUGGGAAGAUUCAUCAGUGAAAGGAAAGAGAAAGAUCCAUCAGUAGAGGUAGCUGUUGCAACCAAGUUUGCAGCUCUGCCAUGGAGGUUUGGUCGUGAGAGUGUUGUCUCGGCCCUCAAGGAUUCCCUAUGCCGCCUUGGUCUUUCUUCAGUGGAACUAUACCAGCUUCAUUGGCCAGGAGUCUGGGGAAAUGAAGGUUACAUUGAUGGCCUUGGAGAUGCGGUUGAGCAGGGCCUUGUGAAGGCUGUUGGUGUCUCAAAUUACAACGAAAAACGUCUCCGUGAUGCUUAUGAGCAGCUUAAGAAGAGAGGUAUUCCACUGGCUUCCAACCAGGUAAAUUACAGCCUCAUAUACAGAGCUCCAGAGGAAAAAGGUGUGAAAGCCACCUGUGAUGAGCUGGGGAUCACUCUGAUUGCGUAUUCUCCUAUUGCCCAAGGUGCUCUUACAGGAAAGUACACACCAGAGAAUCCACCCUCUGGCCCCCGAGGCCGGAUAUACACUCCUGAGUUCCUCACGAAGCUCCAACCUCUGUUGAACAGAAUCAAAGAGAUAGGACAGAACUACAGCAAAACUCCCACACAGGUGGUUCUGAACUGGCUAAUAGCCCAGGAGAAUGUCAUACCCAUUCCUGGAGCCAAAAAUGCAGAACAGGCAAAAGAAUUCGCAGGUGCUCUUGGGUGGCGACUCACAGAAGAGGAGAUUGCAGAGCUUCGAUCAUUGGCAUCAGAAACAAAACCAGUUAUUGGGUUCCCUGUUGAAAACUUGUAACUGAAGAAAAUGGAUUCGUUUCACCUGGAGACUCUUCUGUGAUCAUUAAUCAAAAGAGGUCAUAUGGCAUCCUGUUCAAAACUUGUAACUUCUUAGCAAUGAGUAACAAAAUGUCCUUUUCAUUCACUAUGAUGUAAGAGCACAUUGUCAUUAUUAAUGAGACAUUGAAGUUUU